ACCCGGCGCGCGCGGCUGAGGCGCCCUCACUUCCCCGGAGCCUCCCGCGCGUGCUUCCGUCGUGGGUCCGCGCGUGCUCCCGCUCCAUGGCGCUCCUCGUGCGGCUGCUGACCCUAGCCCUGACCCUGGUCCUGGGCCCCGUCGCGACACUGGCGGGCCCGGCCAAGUCACCCUACCAGCUGGUGCUGCAGCACAGCCGGCUCCGGGGCCGCCAGCACGGUCCCAAUGUAUGUGCUGUGCAGAAGGUCAUUGGCACCAACAAGAAGUACUUUACCAACUGCAAGCAGUGGUACCAGAGGAAAAUCUGCGGCAAGCCAACAGUCAUCAGCUACGAGUGUUGUCCUGGAUAUGAAAAGGUCCCAGGAGAGAAAGGCUGCCCAGCAGCCCUUCCACUCUCAAACCUUUACGAGACCCUGGGAGUUGUUGGAUCGACCACCACGCAGCUGUACACAGACCGCACAGAGAAGCUGAGGCCUGAGAUGGAGGGGCCUGGCAGCUUCACCAUCUUCGCCCCUAGCAAUGAAGCCUGGGCUUCCUUGCCAGCGGAAGUGCUGGACUCCCUGGUGAGCAAUGUCAACAUUGAGCUGCUCAAUGCUCUACGCUACCACAUGGUGGACAGGCGGGUCCUGACAGAUGAGCUGAAGCACGGCAUGGCUCUCACCUCCAUGUACCAGAACUCCAACAUCCAGAUCCAUCACUAUCCUAACGGGAUUGUAACAGUUAACUGUGCCCGGCUGCUGAAAGCUGACCACCAUGCAACCAAUGGGGUGGUGCACCUCAUUGACAAGGUCAUCUCCACCAUCACCAACAACAUCCAGCAGAUCAUCGAGAUUGAGGACACCUUUGAGACCCUUCGGGCCGCUGUGGCUGCAUCUGGACUCAACACCCUACUGGAAGGUGAAGGCCAGUUCACACUCUUGGCCCCAACCAAUGAGGCCUUUGAGAAGAUCCCUGCUGAGACCUUGAACCGGAUCCUAGGUGACCCGGAGGCCCUGAAAGACCUACUGAACAACCACAUCCUGAAGUCAGCUAUGUGUGCUGAGGCCAUUGUUGCUGGACUGUCCAUGGAGACUCUGGAGGGCACCACACUGGAGGUGGGCUGCAGUGGAGACAUGCUCACCAUCAAUGGGAAAGCUGUCAUCUCCAACAAAGACAUCUUGGCCACCAACGGUGUGAUCCAUUUCAUUGAUGAACUGCUCAUCCCCGAUUCAGCCAAGACACUGCUAGAACUGGCUGCAGAGUCAGACGUCUCAACAGCUGUUGACCUCCUCAGACAAGCUGGCCUCAGCACACAUCUCUCUGGAAAAGAACACUUGACCUUCCUGGCACCUCUGAAUUCGGUUUUCAAAGAUGGCACCCCACACAUCGAUGCCCAAAUGAAGACUUUGCUUCUGAACCAUAUAGUUAAGGAAAAGCUGGCCUCUAAGUAUUUAUACCAUGGACAGACUCUGGACACACUGGGAGGCAAAAAACUGAGGGUUUUUGUUUAUCGUAAUAGCCUGUGCAUUGAAAACAGCUGCAUUGCUGCCCAUGACAAGAGAGGACGGUACGGGACCCUGUUCACCAUGGACCGGAUGCUGACCCCCCCAAUGGGGACUGUUAUGGAUGUCCUAAAGGGAGACAAUCGCUUUAGCAUGCUGGUGGCUGCCAUCCAAUCCGCAGGGCUGACAGAGACCCUCAACCGGGAAGGGGUCUACACCGUCUUCGCUCCCACAAAUGAAGCCUUCCAAGCCAUACCUCCAGAAGAACUGAACAAACUCUUGGGAAAUGCCAAGGAACUUGCCAACAUCUUGAAAUACCAUAUAGGCGAUGAGAUCCUGGUUAGCGGAGGCAUUGGAGCCCUGGUGCGGCUGAAAUCUCUCCAAGGAGACAAGCUGGAAGUCAGCUCGAAAAACAAUGUUGUGAAUGUCAAUAAGGAGCCUGUUGCAGAAACCGACAUCAUGGCCACAAAUGGUGUGGUCUAUGCCAUCAACAGUGUCCUGCAACCUCCAGCCAACCGACCACAGGAACGAGGGGACGAGCUGGCAGACUCUGCUCUUGAAAUCUUCAAACAAGCAUCAGCAUUUUCCAGGUCUGCCCAGAGGUCUGUGCGACUCGCCCCUGUCUAUCAGCGGUUACUGGAGAGGAUGAAGCAUUAGCAGGACCACAGAGGUGGACGCUGCCGCUUCCUGCCAGUUUCUCUCAGUUUGCCAAAGGGACCAUUUGAAUGUUUUUUAAACCAACUACCACACUUCAAUAUACAUGAGCUAUACCAUAUUGAGAUCUGAGCCUUGUGGGGAAGGGAUAGGGAGAUAGGCUCUUUUUAUGUUUUAAUCCUCCUGAACAUGGUUGUUGACCCACUGCAUACACAGAUCUGGCUGCCAUUACCUGACGUUCACUUCCAGAAGGGACCUUUCCAAAGCAUGGAAUUUCCUUGAUUGUGCCGAGGGCCUGGAAAAAGGAGCUGCAGCACUUUGGAGCUCACAAAAUGUGAAUCAAGUAAUCCAGCACUCUGGGAAUUCCUGGCGUGGUUUUGUAAAGCUCUUGUACAGCUGGAGAAAUGGCAUCAUUAUAAGCUAUGAGUUGAACUGUUUCUGUCAAAUAUGUCUUAUAUCUACACUUGGCUCGGACUCUUCGAUAUGGCCCUACCCAGGUAGAAAAAGAAGAGUCUGUAGAACACGCAGACCCCAGAUUUCCUGAGUGUGGUGGAGCCAUGGUGUAUUUGUAAUAAUAAAACCAAAGAAGUAUA